AUGGACAUCCACGCAUCCAUCAGCAACUAUGUCACCAAGAUGAUCAGCGUCGGGGAUGGCGGCCCCGGCGGCGCAGCGGCAAAGAUGAAGAUCCUCCUACUCGACCAUGACACCGUCCCCAUCCUCUCCUCUGCCACCACCCAGUCCACCCUCCUCAACCACUCCGUCUACCUCACCGACCGCCUCGGCAACUCCGAGCGCGAGAAGAUGCGCCAUCUGCGCUGCCUCUGCUUCCUGCGCCCGUCGUCCGACAGCAUCCAACUGCUCAUCGACGAGUUCCGCGAUCCCAAGUACGGCGAGUACCACCUAUACUUCAGCAACAUCAUCAAGAAAUCCGCGCUGGAGCGGCUAGCCGAGGCCGACGACCACGAAGUCGUCAAGUCCAUCAUCGAGUACUUUGCCGACUUCAUCGUCAUCAACCCCGACCUCUGCUCCUUACCCCUGUCCACCCGGCUGUUCAGCUCUUCGCCCGACCUGUGGAACCACGACAGCCUCACUCGCACCGUGGAGGGCGUGCUUGCCAUACUGCUGGCUUUGAAGAAGAAGCCGCUGAUACGAUAUGAGAAGAACAGUCUGCUCUGCAAGAAGCUGGCUACGGAGGUGCGGUAUGCGAUGACGCAGGAGGAGCAGCUGUUCGAUUUCCGAAAGCCCGAUACCCCACCCAUCCUCCUCCUGGUGGAUCGAAGAGAAGAUCCCCUCACCCCGCUGUUGACGCAGUGGACCUACCAAGCCAUGGUGCAUGAGCUGCUCGGGAUCGAGAAUGGCAGAGUGGAUUUGAGUAAUGUCCCGGACGUCAGACCCGAGUUCAAGGAAAUCGUGGUUUCACAGGACCAGGAUCCCUUCUUCGCAAAGAACAUGUAUCUCAACUUUGGCGAUCUGGGCCAGAACGCCAAGGAUUACGUCGAGCAGUUCGCUUCCAAGCAAGCAUCGGGCCAGAAGCUGGAGAGCAUCGAGGACAUGAAGCGCUUUGUCGAAGAGUACCCCGAAUUCCGACGACUCAGCGGGAACGUGACCAAGCACGUCACCCUCGUCACCGAGCUCAGCAGGAGAGUCGAGACGGACAAGUUGUUGGACGUGUCGGAGCUCGAGCAGAGUCUGGCGUGUAACGACAAUCACAGCCAAGACGUCAAGCGCUUACAAGAGGUCAUUCAAAACCCAGCGGUGCCACCGAACAACAAGCUGCGCCUCGUCGCCAUCUAUGCCCUCCGCUACUCCGGCCAUGCGAACAACAGCACGCCGGCCCUCCUGGACCUGCUGGCCGGGGUGGGGGGCCUCAGCCGGCACCGCAUCAAUCUCAUUCCCAAACUUCUCACCUACGCCCACUCGCUGCAAUCGAUCCCCCAGGCGGGCGGCAUUCCCGAUCUCUUCCAAGGCAGUACCAUCCUGUCCGAGGCGCGCUCUCGGUUCAAUCGCGGCCUGCGAGGGGUGGAGAACGUUUACACACAACACUCACCGAAGCUGGACGCGACGUUGCAGGACCUCAUCAAAGGCCGAUUGAACAUGAAUUCCUAUCCGUUUGUCGACGGCGGAGGGCAGACGAGGGACAAGCCACAGGACGUUGUGGUGUUUGUGGUGGGAGGGGCGACGUAUGAAGAAGCGAAGGUGGUGGCGCAGAUGAAUGCUACGUCGCCAGGCGUAAGGGUGGUGUUGGGGGGCGCAGGAGUACUCAACAGCGAGCGAUUUCUGGAACAGGUGGAGGAGGUUGUCGACGCUUGGCCCGAGCCCAAGCCAGACACGGCGGCGGGCAGAUUACGAAAGGCGGUGGGGCGGAGUUGA